AUGGGAUCGAAAAGCCCCGAAGGCCAUCAGCAGACCCCUGAUGGCUCCAACUCCUCCGAGCUCAAGCCUGCCAAUCCCAACCCCAAGCCUUCCCGCAAUGGCUCCCAGUCGGCCGAUUUGGAUGGCGGAAAUCUCGGCGAUGACGAUGAUGAUGACGGUGAAGCGAACGAAGAAGUGGAAGUGAAGACCUUCGCUGCGAAUGCUGACAAGAAAAAGAAACGCAAGAGGUCCAAGAAGAAGACCAAGAAAGCAACCCUGCCACUCAAGCAAUCGAAUCCUCCCCGUGUGCUGGUUUCGACUCUCUUCCCAUCGGGAUAUCCCAUUGGGGAGUGCGUGCCUUACAAGGACGAUAAUACCUCUCGCACUACGGACGAAGAAUUGCGUUAUUAUUCACGUCUUUGGGAUAAUGGAUUCCUCGACGAGUACCGUCAAGCUGCCGAGAUUCAUCGUCAGGUUCGCCAGUACGCCCAGAAUGAGCUCAUCAAACCCGGCGCGAGUCUCACUACAAUUGCUGAGGGCAUUGAGGACGGGGUCCGCGCCUUGUCUGGCCACCAGGGACUUGAACCCGGAGACGGUUUCAAGGCGGGAAUGGGUUUCCCUACUGGGUUGUGCUUGAACAAUGUUGCAGCCCAUUGGACGCCCAACCCGGGUGCCAAGGAUGUAUAUUUGGACAAAGGUGAUGUGCUGAAAGUCGACUUCGGCGUUCAUGUCAACGGCCGUAUUGUCGACUCGGCUUUUACUGUGGCUUUCGACCACACGUACGACAACCUCCUGACGGCUGUGAAGGAGGCGACUAAUACUGGCAUCAUGCAUGCUGGCAUUGACGCCCGAGUGAGUGAAAUCGGCGCGGCGAUCCAGGAAGUCAUGGAAAGCUACGAGGUUGAGAUUGCCGGAAAGACCCAUCCUGUGAAAGCCAUCCGGAAUAUUACCGGGCACGAUAUUCUUCGGUAUAAUAUUCAUGGUGGCAAACAGGUCCCGUUCAUCAAGAACAACAGGCCGGACAAGAUGGAGGAGGGUGAAGUCUUCGCCAUCGAAACAUUUGGAAGUACCGGCAGAGGCGUUCUCCACGAUGAUGUGGGCGUCUAUGGCUACGGCAGAAACACCGAUGUCUCCGGUGCAAACCUGCGUCUUUCCUCUGCCAAGAAUCUUCUCAAGACUAUCGACGCCAAUUUUGGAAGCCUUGUCUUCUGCCGUCGGUACCUUGAGCGUCUCGGGGUAGAGAAAUACCAUCUUGGGAUGAGACAUUUGAUUGAUAAUGGCAUUGUCGAAUACUAUGAGCCGCUUGUUGAUGUGAAGGGUUCAUACACGGCUCAGUUUGAACACACUAUCCUGCUCCACAGUGGUGGAAAGGAAGUGAUUAGUCGUGGUGACGACUACUAA